AUGCCAGGGCAGGGACGGCUAGCAUCAGAAAGGAGUGCGUCCGGGGAACUCCGAGGGGAGCGGCCGCGCCCUGGGUCCUGCACCGCGAGGCUGGGACCAGGACCGCCUGGUGCCCACCUGGGUCCUGAGCCCGGCUGCUCUCUCCACCCUCUCCACUCCCCAGCAGAGCUGGGGCCCGCAGCAGCCCCUGGGCGCGGGAAGGUAUCGGGAGCUGCAUUUAGGGGAGAGGGAGGUAGCAGGAGUGCCGCCGGUGGGAACGUUGGAACGAAUUCGUCGGCGAGUGCCAAGUCCAAGCGCCGACCUCCAGUCUCGGAGCCGGGGCCCCAGCAUCCCCGAAAUGCGUCCCCACCCGGCUCCUCGCCCGGUGCCUUCCUUAGGCGCAGAAGACUCUCUCUAACCAGCAGUUAAUUCGAUUGAAUCGGAUCGCAGCGCCCUCGGUGAAGCAGAAAGGCGGAGGGAAUCCAGGAGGCAGAAGCGAGGACCCGAGCGCCUGGCGCCGCUGUGGUGUUCGGAUAAGCAAAUGAGGCGGAAGGGGCUUCAAACCACUUGGGACCCCACUGCUGAAACGAAUCCAAGCUGCAGAAUUUAACUGUCCACCUCAACCCCAGUUUUUGUUUCUAACAUUAUCGAACACUCUGUGCUGUUUGAGUGAUGUGCUACAAAGUGUUUAAGACAGAUUGUUUCUCAAAUUAGGGGUUUCCACCCAAGAAAUCGCUGCUGUUGGCAAACACAGGAACGAUCUAUGGGUUAAGACAAGGUGGAGUUCGUAACCCAACUACAAACCUACAUGUACUUGGUGGGAAGAGAAUCAGACCAGUGAACAGUUUCAGGUUGGCGUGGUGUGCCCGCGAACAAAGAAUUUAAGACUGGCAACAAUCUAAAUUGCUUGCUUUCCCUUUAUUUCCUCAUCACUAAAAUUAGGAAAAUGAACAGAGAUACAUCAAGUCUUUUCUAACACCCAUAUUCUGUAAUCCUCCUCAUAUUUACCUUAUAAUAAGACAAAGAUAAAUGCAUUUUCGUAGUGUAGGGAGGAAAAGUAAUAAUAAAAAUUAAAACUGCUAGCAGUUAUGACUCCCUCCUUUUUAUAUAGUAAGUGCUGUGGAAGCACUUCCCCCAUCCAUCUCUACGUUUCCACAGCACCUCUCAAGGGCUUGGACGCGUGCAAGUACAAACUGGCAAAGCCAGGAGCCAAGCCAGGCUGUUCAGUGGUCUUUGUGCUUCACCCCGAUUUAGUGCACCCCGUCUUCAGAAGGGACAGUUGUGAAUUAGGUGCUUCAACAGCAAGAUCCAUGAAUAUCUAGCACUUCCCUUAAAUCAAGCAAAUGUCAUCUGAACCCAAUACUGGAACAGCCCCCUCACUACUCCCACUUACCUUCAGCUGUAUCUUCCCCAAUCCAGUCUGAAGCGUGAGCUCCAAGGUGCUUCUGCUUUCUCAUGCCUCCACUUAAAAACUUCCGAUUAUGUCACAUUGCCAUUAGGGUAAAGUUCAAACAACUCCUUGACUGAUUUUGAGGGCUACAGUGGUGGGGCACUGCCCACUGUCCCUUCAUACUGUCAUGACAGUGAGGUUCUGAACUGUUCUGUGUGCAAACCCCACAUGCUCUCUGGUCUCUCCAUUCCCAUCUUUGCACGUGUGACUCUGCUGUCUCCUCUUCUUUGCUUCUUCUAUUUCUAAGAUUUGCCAAGCCAACUACUACACCUCUAUCAGAUUUUAGUUUACAUGUCUCUCCUCAUGUUUCUCCCCACUAGAAGCCUCAGUUGAUCAUCCCUUUCUAGACUGUGAUGGGCAUACCUUCCACAGCUCCCAUUGCACCACUGUACUAAACUUGGACCACUACAACUGUCAUGUGUCUAUUUCUCCCACAUGUAUAUAAAGGCUAUAUGUUGUUUACCCCUGUAUCCUCAGAAAUAAUAAGCAGGUAACAUAAUAGC